UUCGGCUCAGCCACCGCCUGUCUGUGUCUGCGGCGGCCACUAUUGAUAAAGUUGUUGUUCUGCCAACAUGGCGGCGCCCAUGGUGACUGGCCGGGCCGUGUUCGCCUGAGGUGAGAACCGAGGAGUAAGGAGCCGCAGGCCAGAGCCUGUGAGCAGGCCCUUUCUACCUUUUAAAGAAUGGCUCCUCCUUGGCAGAGACUGGGUUUAUAUGCCUUUCUUCUAAAACGACAGCUAAACGAUGGGCCAGAUGUCAUUAAGUGGGGAAGGAGAGUGAUUCCAGGAUGGUCCAGAGGUAUUUACAGUGCCACAGGAGAGUGGACCAAGGAGUAUACAUUGCAGACAAGAAAGGAUGUGGAGAAAUGGUGGCAUCAGCGAAUAAAAGACCAGGCCUUCAAGGUUUCAGAAGCUGAUAAAUCAAAGCCCAAGUUUUACGUGCUCUCCAUGUUCCCUUAUCCCUCUGGCAAGCUGCACAUGGGCCACGUGCGCGUGUAUACCAUCAGCGACACCAUCGCACGCUUCCAGAAGAUGAGAGGGAUGCAGGUUAUCAACCCUAUGGGCUGGGAUGCAUUUGGAUUGCCUGCCGAAAAUGCUGCGAUCGAGAGGAAUCUACAUCCAGAAAGCUGGACGCAAAGUAAUAUCAGACACAUGAGGAAACAGCUUGAUCAACUGGGCCUGUGUUUCAGCUGGGACAGGGGCACCGGCUCUAGGGUGCGCGGGCGUCGCCUGCAGCAGAGCUUCGGUAGAGCACGGGCUCCGUAGUCGUGGCGCACAGGUGUUGCUCUGUAGCACGUGGGAUCUUCCUGGACUACGGAUCGAACCUGUGGCUCCUGCGUUGGCAGGCAGACUCCUCACCACUAAGCCACCAGGGAAGCCCCAUUUGUCACUGAAUUUUAAGUUUGAUUUCUUCCCAUGUUUCUACGUUCUGUCUUCCAUACACGUUGGUGCCUGGUAAUAAGACCGAUGGAUUUGCCCAGCAGUCCCAUUGGAAGCAGGGAUUACUGCCCCCAAGACAAUCAGCCAUUGAAACGAAUUCAAAAUGAGCCUCGCCCUCCCCACUGCCAGGUUCCCUGAAGGCUAUGUUGGCUGAGAUGGAUGUGGGGUGUGGUUAUCCUGGGGUGGUGGAAGACACACAUCAGAACUGGCUCUCUAAGAGUUUUUAUUGGGACUGGCUUUUCUGAUGUCAACAUUUUCCAAGUUUUAUCCACCCAUGCUGCCCAGCCUCCAUAAAUUCUGGGGGCUGCUGAGGCAUUUAUGGCAUCAUGUGCAUACAACUCUGUUCUCUCUUUCUCUUUCUUCCCUUUCCUUGUCCUCUUGCUAUUCCUUGUCCUCAUCCAUUUUCCUUGAUUUACUUGCUUUCCUUUUCCUCUUGUCUUCUCUCUCCUGCCUCUUUUUUAUAAAUAAUUUUAUUAUUAUGAAAAAUUUGUAAUCUGCACUAAAAGUGAGAAUAGCACAGACAACCCCCAAAGACUCAUCACCCAUCAUCAACAGCUGCUGCUACGUGACCAGUCUCAUUUCAUCUGUACCCCUCUGCUCUGAAUGAUUUUGCGACAAGCCCCAGACAUCGCAUAACCUCAUCUGAAAAGAGUCACUAUAUAUCACUAGAGGAUGAAGGCUCAGUCUUUCCUUCUCCGUCCCUUCCUUCCUUCUUCACAAUUCCACUAUCACACCUAAAACAAUUAACAGUAAUACCAUAAAAUCAGGGAAUACCAGACAUUUUGCAGGCUUCCAUGGAUGUCUUAUCAGUAUUUCUUUCUACCGAGUUUGUUUGCCUGCACUUCUGCUGGCCUUUGUUUAGCCUUUUCUUCCCCACCCUCCUGUCAUUAUCAUGGUUUGGAACCAGUACUGUCUUUUCAUCCAAAACAUACAGGCUCUUUGGACCAUAGCUGCAUGAGUUUAUUUUCAAAGACAGCAUGCUUUGUAUGAUUACAAAGUGAAAACUAUUAUUGCCUCAAGGCCCUGACUACCUUGGAAUUUUAUUUACAGAGAGGACUAGACAUUUGACAGAAGGGAUUAAAUUCCAGGAAAGAAUGAGGCUUCUGGGAUAAUAGAAAGAUACAUUUUUAACAGUUUUUAUUUUAAAAGAAUUUAAAGACUAUCUUAAAACAAAAAGAACUUAGGGCAAGUGAUUGCCUGAAAACCUGGUUGGGAAGAUGCCAGUUGUGAAAGCUCAGAGCUCUGGUUGCCUUGACAACAUGCAACUGGGCCUCGAAAUGUUUGACUCUCUGAGUCCUCCUUCAGGUCCUUCCAGAAGUGAAGCCAUUUAUCUGGUAGAUCUCUAACUCUGCAUUACUUGCUGUCCCUCAAAAUUAAAAAAAAAAUUAACUUCUUCCAAAUGUUCUUCUGUUGACCGGGAGGUAAGAGGCAAUGCCUUUUUCUACCUGAGAUGAACUGGCAGCUUGUCUCCAGUGCUUUCAGUUCGGGGAGGCUUGGUGCUGGUGCAUAAGGGUUAGUGUUCAGAAUUGUCACCGUGUGUCAUCACAUACCUAGCACACAUGCAGACCCCGUGCACUGCUGUGCCAGCUCAGUACUUACCGGCCUAAAACAUGGGGGGAAGCUUCUGGUUGCUUCAGCCAGGAUAGUGUUCUUGGACUCCUCAGCCCUAACUGAAGAAGGAGAUGGCCUGGGGAAGCAGGGAAGUAGUCUGUUUUAUCCUCAUGCCCAUUUGUGGUCAUGAGCCCUAUGAAGGAUGCACACUUUGGCUCAUGGAAUAGAAUUUCCCAAUUUAGUGCUUGUUAAAUGCUUCUUGGAGAUCGGAUCUUGGAUACUCAUCCCAGAGGCCUGGACUUUGGUGAUGGGCCUUGCCGUUCACACAGGGUGGACAUGACCUGUUACUCCUCCGAGCCUCAGGUUCUUACAGUCAUUAAAGAGAUUAGCUCACACCUCAAAUACUUUAGAAAAUAAGAGUGCAAAGCCUCUUCCCCAUGGCUGAAUCAGAUAUCCAGGUCAGUUUUGCAUGAUAGCCAGUACAACUUUUGACCAGACAGGUGCCUAUAGGUGUACAACACGAGAUGCUCUACGCACAUUGGGAGGCAAUGUCCACAAGACCUUGCAGAUAGUCUUAUUACUCCAUGAAAAUAACGAGGUUAAUUUAUGUGUGUGCUUGGACCAGUGGUUCUCUAACUUUGACAAGCUUCAGUAUCACCAAGAGGGCUUGUUAAAGCACAGAUUUCUGGGUCCCACCCUGAUGCAGUAUGUCUGUGGUUUUGUUUUUCUGUUCAGAAAAAAAGGACCUUAGGAAUGAUUGUACUCCCAAACCUUAUUAGGUAGGAAUCACAAUAAAACCUACCAUUAGUUUUUUCUGACAUGGGGUAGAGCAUAAAUGAAUAAUAAAAACACAAUUUAUAAAAAAAAUAGGCAAUGUUUUUGCAAAUACAAGAUUAUUUUUAUAAAAUUUCUUUGUGAAAUGUUAGACAUGGAUAGACUUGAGCAUAAAGCAUGUACAUAAAACUUAACACUUUAUUGGAAGUGCAACCAGCCACCACCUAGGUUAAGAAAGCACCCAGAAGCUCUUUGGGGGCCCUUUUCCAAUUGCAGCUCCAUCUCCCCCCACUACCAGCAUCAUAUGGAACUACUGUUCUGACAUUUAUGGUCAUCCCUGCCUUGUUUUCAGUUUCACCACCUACCAGUGUUUUUCAUAGUUACUUAAAUGGACUCACCUGUAUGUGUUCUUUUGUGUCUAGCUUCUUAAACUCAACAUUUCUAAACUCAGCAUUAUGAUCAGAGAAUGUUCUCUGUGUGAUUUUUCUAGAGGAAAACCCCACUCCUGUGUGUCUCCCACACUCAGUACUCUGCGACACCAGCCUCACGUCUGACGCCAGAUGUGUGUCCUCUAAUGUAACUCAGUUCUGAUACUGUCUGCGUGAAGAUGGUGUCAGACCCCACAGGUUACACACUUAGCCCCACAAGACAGUCCCCCUGCCCCCACUUCUUAUUCCGCUCACAAGUCCAGGCUGUUACCUCGACUUCUGACCAGCUGACUCUUAAGUCAGAGGUUUCCACAACUCCUCCUUGAUUAGUUUGCUAGCAAGAGUUCACGAAUUUCACAGAAUUCAGGAAAGCAGUCUGCUACUUGUUAGAGAACAGUUUAUUACCAAGGACAUCAAGAUGAACAGCCAGAUGAAGAAGUAUAUAGGAUGGGGCCCGGGAGGGUCUCAAGCACAGAAUCUUCUGUCCCAGUGAACUGCGAUGGACACCUUCCUGCAUGUCACCAUCCCAGAGGCUCAUCAAGUCUUGCUGUUCAUGAGUUUUUAUGGAGCAAGAAUGAAUUCCCUGACUCUCUAUUUGAACUCCUCUGACACUGGCCUAUCAGAGAGACAGAAGGGCCCCUCAUUAUUACUGGUUGGGGUCGAAGUCCAGACCCCCUUCCCCCACCCCUGUGAUCUCAACUGACACU